AUGGUGAUUCUCGAAUUCCUAUUGGCGGUGGCCGUUUUCGGCGAUGGCGUUCACGGGGAUGGCUGUGUUUACGAGAAACGCCGAGCCAUCUGCGAUCAAAUCCCGUCAACUCUUCCCACGCAAAUCACAACUCUAAACCUGACGAAAUGCCCGACAAACAUCACAUCAUCUCUACCAAACAUCCAAACAAUUCACCUCUCCUGCCCACUAGAUUGGACACUUUUCCCAAAUCUCACAACAAUUUACUUUUCCGGUGAUCACAAAGUUCUCAAUUGGAUCGAUUUCUCAGUGCCCAGCUCGAGAAUUACAAGAAAUCUCUAUUUACAAACAAAUCUAUCGUGUGAAUGCGAAAAUCAAUGGCUUGUUCAAUCGAAAAAUUCACAUUCCCAGUCCCUAUUGGGCCUUCCUGUCGUAAAUAUUUCAUCGAAUUGGACCUGUGAUUUUACACGAUGCUCACAAGAAAUCAUUCGUUUUCCCAAAGAAAGGAUUCUUGAAUUAGGAGAUACAUUGGAAAUUGAGACGAAAAUACCGAAAAGUGGGGAAAAAAACUUGAAAACUUAUCCAUUCUUUCGUUAUUUGUCGCAAACAACUCCACGAUUUGAGGAAAUUUUCGACGAAGAGCAAUCGAUUGUGAAAUUUCGUAUCGAGAACGUCACAAAGGAGCAUAUGGAACGAGUAGCGUUUUCCUGUUGGACGUGUCGAGUGCCGCAGACCGAAAUUCUUACAAUCCGCGUGAGAGUGAAUGUGACAUUGUUGACUUUGGAAGAUACUUUACAUCGAGAUCAGCACAAUAUUUUUGUGCAUGGAUGGCCGUUGAAUGAGUUGACAAUCACGCUCGUAUCGAAUGAUUCUUUUUGGAUUGAUGAGCAACAUGAGCUCGGUGAUGAAAUGAUCAACUUCCGAAAUGAGUCACUUUAUCUAAAACAUAUUCACUCAUUUUACUACAUGAAAGAAUACACUCUCUACGCUCGUCAAUGCAGCACUUGUGAGCAUGAUUUGCCAAGAGGUAACUUCUCGCUCCGUGUUUGCACAAAUGUUUCCUGUGCAGAGAAAACGAUUCACCUUGCCACUCAUCAUCAACCAAUGCUACCACCCACUCGAAUCCAACCAAAACCAUCAACCACGAUCUCUCUAUGGCCUUUCUUAAUCAUCACCCCAUUUCUCGUUCUUUGCGCUUUCUGUGUUUACAUGAAAAACUCGACUUUGUCGAAACUAAUGCGAUUCUUGAGAAUCUCCAAUGGAAAAAAGCCGGGCGAUGGAAAGAUCAGAAUAAGAUCGAAAAUGCAAGAUUUCUCGCAACGCUUUCGGAGAACAUCAAGAGCUACAGAAGCCACCGAGGAGACGACUCUCCGAAUGGAGGAAAGAGGAAGUCUUUGCGUCAGCGAUUACACUGGUCAUCUCAUCCCUGUCAUCAGUCUCGGCAAUGUUCAGAUAAAAGAGAAAAUUGGGCAGGGUGCUUUUGGUGAAGUGUAUCGUGGUGUUUGGACGUCAUCAAAUGAUCGAGAAGUUGCUGUGAAGACAAUUCAUCAAGCAGACAAUGAGACUGAGAAAGAGGCGCAGGUACUUUCAAAACUAGAUCAUCCAAACAUCGUUCGUCUCUUUGGAAUGACGAGAGAUGGAAAUCGAAUGCUCUUGAUUUUAGAGAUGAUGAAUCUAGGUGACUUAAAGAACUACUUACGCCAACGAAAACCUCAUCCAUCAAACUAUAGCCAAUUCCCGCCACCCCUUGAAUUGAAAGAGCUGCUAUUCAUCAUUAGAGAAAUUAUUCAAGGACUAUGCUAUUUAAACUCUCAACAAAUUGUGCACAGAGAUUUGGCGGCGAGAAAUUGUUUAGUCUCUGGAGAGGAUGAUUCAAGGAUUUGCAUUCCAGCGAAUCGACCACCGUCUUGUGUUAAAAUCUCAGACUUUGGAAUGUCAAGACGACUUUACUCUCAAAGUGAAUACUAUAAAAUGCAGACUUCAGGAUCUUUACUCCCUGUUAGAUGGCUGCCUCCAGAAAGUCUAAACAGCUGCCGUUUCAGUCAUCAAUCUGACAUCUGGGCACUUGGUAUAACGAUGUGGGAGAUUUUCACGUAUGGAGAAACUCCAUUCUCUGAUCUCAGCAAUAAUGAAGUGGUCGCGUUAGGGUUGAGCGGGGUGAAGCCAGCAAAACCUCAAAAGUGUCCUGAUGAGAUCUAUGAAUUGAUGGAAAAAUGCUGGGAACUAGACCCGGAAAAACGAAUUUCAGCUGAGGAUGCGAUGUUGGAGCCGUGUUUACAAGCCCCAUUGGCUCGUCCUCGUAUCGAACAAUCCCAAUUGGAUUCUCUUUGUUUUGAAGUGGAUGUACCCGAUGAUAUAGCUCCUCUUAUCUCUAAUGCUCAAACA